AUGUCGCACUCAAAAACUCGCGUUUCCUAUUAUUACGACGGCGAUUUCGGCAAUUUCUACUACGGACAGGGCCAUCCGAUGAAGCCGCACCGCGUCCGAAUGACCCACAGUCUCAUUGUCAACUACGGACUCUACAGGAAGCUCAACGUCAUGGUACGCAACGGGAAAAGUACAAUGUCAGCGGGGAAAUGCGGAAAAUUCCUCUUCUUAGAGAAAAAAUUUGAAAAUUGCAGCGGCCGGCGCGUGCGAGUUUCGCGGAGAUCACGCGGUACCACUCGGACGACUACAUAAACUUUCUAAAGGACGUCAAAUCGGACAAUCUCUCGCAGUUCUCGGACCAAAUGGCGCGCUUCUCGGUCGGCGAGGACUGUCCCGUCUUUGACGGAAUGUACGAGUUCUGCCAGUUGUCGUGCGGCGGAUCCCUCGCGGCGGCGGCGCAUUUGAACCGCAAAGAGUCGGACAUUGCGAUCAACUGGAUGGGCGGUUUGCACCACGCGAAAAAAUCCGAGGCUUCGGGAUUCUGCUACUCGAACGACAUUGUGCUGGCGAUUCUGGAGCUGCUGAAGAAGCACGCGCGCGUCCUCUACAUUGACAUCGACGUGCACCAUGGCGACGGAGUCGAAGAGGCCUUCUACACGACGGACCGAGUCAUGACCGUCUCGUUCCACAAGCACGGCGAGUACUUUCCCGGCACGGGCGAUCUGAAGGACGUCGGCGCCGGCAGGGGCAAGUAUUACGCGUUGAACGUGCCGUUGCGCGACGGCGUCGACGACUCCACCUACGAGCGCAUCUUCCGGACGAUCAUGGGCGAGGUGAUGGCCCGCUUCCGGCCCGAAGCCGUCGUUUUGCAGUGCGGAGCCGACUCGCUUGCUGGGGACCGACUCGGCGUCUUCAAUUUGACCACUUUGGGUAGGAUUUUCUCAACAUUUCUGCAUUGUUACGGGAAAUAGUGGUUUUUUUUCAAGUUUUCCGCAUGUUUUUAGCGGUUUACACUUAAUUGGUGAUAUUGAUGCUAAAUUUCAUCGUCCAGAAACUCGUACACAAAGUGUGGGAAAAUGAAAGAAAAACUGUCACUUUUGACAUGGAAAACACGCGUCUCUACAUUUCUUACGAUUUACAGGCCACGGAAAGUGUGUGGAGUACAUGAAGAGCUUCAACGUGCCGCUUCUGCUCGUCGGCGGCGGCGGAUACACGAUUCGGAACGUGUCGCGCUGCUGGCUUUACGAGACGUCGAUCGCGUUGAAUCAGCCCGUCGGCGACGGUUCGUUUUUCGAUGUUUCAGUGAGAAUUCUUAGAAUUUACGGUAGAAAAUGACUGCUUCAAACUUUUUGUUUGAUUUUUGUGAGAAUCCGUUGAGUAUUCUUGCACCUUCCACGAAACACAAUUUUUAGGCUCAUUUUGUCAGUUUCCCUAACAAAUCGAAUGAAAAUUGCAGAUUUGCCAGUGCACGACUACUUUGACUACUUCAUUCCCGACUACAAACUGCACAUCAAACCGCUCUCCUCGCUGAUCAACUACAAUUCGGCCGAAUUCAUCGACCAGACGAUCGUGUCGCUUCUCGAGAAUCUCAAGCAACUGAAUCACGCGCCUUCGGUGCAGAUGCAGCCGAUGGCCGACGAUUCGGAAUCAGUUGUGAAGACGUUCGACGCUAAACUUCUCCGAGAUCACCAAAACGAUGAUGUACGCCUCUUUUUAGAAAAAUUAGAAUUUUUGAAAAUUUUCAGAUCCGGAACUCGCAAUUCGAGCGGGACUCGCGCGUGGAGAACGACGCGGAAUUCUACGACGCCGCUGGUCCCUCACGGAAUAUCCAAUCGAAUAAGCGGCAGGCGAGCCCGUUGGCUAACGCGGAAGAUAUGAAAAAGACGCGGAUGGAGGACGCCUGA